CAUCCAUGGCGCCCCGCCCAGGUGCCGGCCAUCCCGCGGCCCCCCUGAUGGUUAAGAGCCCCGAGCCCCUCCUCUCUCUCUCCGCGUCGAAACCCCCCCAAAUUCCCCAUCUUCCUCUCCCUCGCUCGCUCUCUUCGCCCUGUGCGAAGAUCGUCGCGUCACCGCCGCUCGUCACGGUCGUCGUCGUCACCACGGCCACCGUGCUCCCGGGCGCAUGGGAACACGUCCAGGAGGACCGCCGCCAUCUACUUCGUCCAUCCCAAGCAUCUAAUCGAGCGGAGCCGCCCCGUAGGCUCGCCAUCGAGCUCAUCUUCACCGCGUACAUCGCCGGCCGCCAUCGUCGAUUGCCUCGUCUCCGGUCCAUCCCCGGCCAUCUCGAGCUCAUCUCCGGCACCGCAGUUCUUGCCGCUGCUGGCCGAGGCCGCCAUGCACACCCGUGCGUGUGUGCCCAAGAACACCAAUGGUAGGAUUGGGCCGUGGCCGCUGAAGCUAACCCCCUGUUUAGACUAGAUGAUGAUUAGUGUUUAGAUUAAUAUACGUUUAGAUGACAUGCGGGUCCCCUAAGAUUAAAAUAAAUAACCAAAAUAAAUUUAGGUACUUCAGUGACAGCUGUGUCCCGCUGAUACUGUCCACUUUGACCAGUCAACUCUAACUAGGUUGUUGACUGGGUCAACUGGGUCCCUCUGGCCCACAUGUCAUCCUUUGUGUACACUUCUGUGUAUUAUGUGUACACAGAGAUGGUACACGUAGCAAUUUGUUAUUUAUUUUUGAAUUAAAAUAAUUUCAGAAUAUUAUUUAAAUCUUUGAAAAAUCAUAUAGAUUAAACCGUAGCUUUGAUCAAAAAACUUUGUACAUGAAAGUUGCUCAGAACGACGAGACGAAUCCGAAUAUGCGGUCCGUUUACCCAUCACACGUCCCUAGCUUAGCGAACAUGCAACCUUUCCCCUCCGGUUCAUCUGUCUAAUAGACGUCCGGAACCGGGAAAACUUUCCCGGAUGUUUUCCCCCUUCGGCAGUAUCGCCUAGCACUGCGUUAGAACACCUCUAGUA